GAGUGUAGAAGAAACAGAGGAUGAAUCACAGAGUUCCCAAUUUUCAGGAUAUGGAACACAACUACUCUAUUCCACCCCGUAAAAAGCCUGCUGCUACUGCUAGUGGUGAAGAGGAGAUUAUGGAGUUGCUAUGGCAGAACGGGCAAGUGGUGGUGCAGACCCAGAAUCAGAGGUUGCCCAAGAAGACCGGCGGCGGCGGCGGCGGUGUGAUGAUUCCGGCGGAGAGGGAGAUGCGUCCGGCCGGCGGCGACGAGCAACAGCAGCAGCAUUUGUUUAUGCAGGAGGAUGAGAUGUCUGCUUGGCUUCAGUACCCACUCGACGAUUCCUCCUUUGAUCGUGAUUUGUACGCCGAUCUCCUUUUUCCCGCUCCGCCUCCUGUCAACGCCGUCCCCCAGCCGCCGGGCGCAAUUCGACCGCCGCCGGAUAAUCCCCCCCGGCUGCAGAACUUCAUGCAUUUCUCGAGGCUCCCGAUCAGGCCACGGACCGAGACAACAACAACGACGAACAAGACCUCGGUAAUUACGGCGGCGAGAGAAGCGACGGUGGUGGAGUCAAACGAGACGCCGGCGGCGGCGGCCCGGCAGUCUAGUUUCUCUCACAGGAUUGUGGAUAGCAGCCGGCCGCAGCAAGUGAUUGUAGAGAGCGGCACUGCUCCGGCAAGAGAAUUGGCAGCAGCAGGUACAUGUGAGGUCAGCGUGACGUCAUCACCCGGUGGCUCCCGCGCCAGUUUCAGCGGCAGCGGGGAGCAGCAGCAGAGGCCACCGCCGCCGCCUCCGCCGCCUUUGAAUAACCGGAAACGGAAAGCCAGAGAGGCGGAUGAAAAUGAAUGUCAGAGUGAGGAUAUCGAGUUUGAAGUCGCGGGCGGUGAAGCUAAAAAGCAAGUCUGCGGCUCGGCGUCGACGAAGAGAUCUCGUGCUGCACAAGUUCACAACCUGUCUGAGAGGAGGCGUCGGGAUAGGAUCAACGAAAAAAUGAAGGCACUCCAAGAACUCAUACCUCGUUGCAACAAGUCGGACAAAGCCUCGAUGUUGGACGAGGCUAUCGAGUACUUGAAAUCACUUCAAGUGCAAGUGCAGAUGAUGUCGAUGGGAUGUGGAAUGGUACCCAUGAUGUACCCCGGUAUGCAACAAUACAUGCCUACGAUGGGAAUGGGAAUGGGAAUGGGUAUGGGAAUGGGAAUGGAGAUGGGAAUGAACCGACCGCCCAUGGUUCAGUACCCGUCUAUGCCGAUGCCGAAUCCUAGGUUUCCCAUGCCGGGGUUUCACCAACCUUGUAACCAAACGGACCCUAUUCCGAAUCCAGCUGUUCCCCACAAUCAGAACCAGGCACACAUGCCCAACUUUGUCGACCCCUAUCAGCAAUUCCACGGUCUCCAUCCUUCACAAUUACCACAGAACCAAGGAGUUGCGAGGCCUGGUACAAAUAAACCGAGUACAAGCAGAGACAUCGGAAAUCCAGAUAAUCGGCAAGGUUGAUUUUGCCCGAAAGAUAAGCAAAAUUUUGCGACAAGAGAGAGUAGUGUUCACUAGAACCUCUGGCUAACACACUAUAUUGUAAUUAUAACCUUAGUAUCAGUUUUUCUUACUGGAUUUUUUUUUUUAAUUUUAAUUUUAAUUUUGUUGGGAUAGUGAGAAUAUACAAAAAUGUAAUAAUUAGGUGAUUUUCAAAGAUGGAGGAGAAUUUUCCAGGGAUCAGUCACCUUUUAGAGGGAAGGCAUCAAACAAAUGGGGAAGAGAAUAAAGCUAUGGGAGCCAACAGGCAAGUGGUGUCUUUUUCUUGAGACCAUUUUGCCCUUCCCUCGGAGAAUAUAUAUAUAUAGAUAUAUGUAUGUAUAUUAUGGUUCAUUUUUACAUUAGGUUAGAAAUAAACAAGGUUCAAGUUUUUAAUUUGACCUGUAGAAUGUAAUAUUUUCUUUUGUUCACUAAUCCGGUGAAUCUUGCAAGUUGAAGAAACAAGAAAGGCUCUCAAUCAACGGCUGUUGUUUGUUUCA